UAGGCGCGCGUGUGGGGGCGCGGUCGUCGAAUUUGGUAAUGAGGGAUCGUGCGUGAUGAGAACUGUGGUUGUGGUCUUGAUGGCUGGAUAUCGCGACCUAUGCGAUGCGGCGUUGUUACGGCGUGGUUGAUGAGUUUAUGGGAUGAUGUCCACUCGGAGAAGUAUGUUUGUGCAUCUGUUUUCAUACUCUGUCGUGAUGGUAAGUACAGUGACGACAUAUCCAGGCUGGGUGAAUCAAGUCCCAGAAUCGCAGCAUGUUUUCGAAGAAUACUGGAGUCAUAGAUGGAGAUUGAAGGUGAGCCAGCGUAGAAAGUGGGCAGUUACACCACGGCUCGCGCAGAUGCUGGUUGCCAUAGGAGAAGAAGACGUGUACACAGCGAAGACAUGCGGAACAUCUCUCGGUAUAAUGUUUAGGAAGUCAACUGACUGCAAGAUGUUAGGGUUGGUGAAUAGACUACGUCAGGUGUGUUCCUCUCAUGAGGCGUUACGAGAGGCUGAGUAAUUCUUUUCGAACUUCCUUUUCCGAUCUGGCUUUGCUUUUCCCGCUGUACCAAACCACGCAACCAAGAUUUCGAGAGAUCUGCCAAAACGAAUAGUUGAUCUUGGUUUUCGG